GCACACCCUUACAAGCACUUACAAAAAUAACCUGUUUCCGAACGAAAACCCUUCGUGGGUCGCAGUCAAUAAGGGAAUGGAAGACAUUGAAGAUUUGUUGUUAGGUAAUGGAGGCGGCGGUGCUGCUCCAGGUUUCAGGUUGCCCCUCAAUGCUGUUGGAGUCAAUCCCAGAAAGAAUAACAACAAACCAAAACUCACCAAACUUGAUCACCCUCUUGUUUCCAAAGUCCCUGGAACCCAGACUAUAUAUAUCAAGACCUUCGGAUGUUCGCAUAACCAGAGUGACAGUGAAUAUAUGGCUGGUCAGCUUUCAGCAUUUGGUUAUGCAUUAAUUGAGAAUCCUGAGGAGGCAGACCUUUGGCUGAUAAAUACAUGCACAGUAAAGUCUCCCAGCCAAUCUGCCAUGGACACUCUAAUAACAAAGUGCAAAACUGCGAAAAAGCCCCUAGUGGUUGCUGGGUGUGUGCCACAAGGAAGCCGAGAUUUAAAAGAACUAGAAGGGGUCAGUAUAGUUGGAGUCCAACAAAUCGAUCGUGUUGUUGAAGUUGUUGAAGAGACUUUGAAAGGUCAUGAGGUGCGGCUCUUACAUCGCAAAACACUGCCAGCUCUUGACCUUCCAAAGGUGAGAAAGAACAAGUAUGUUGAGAUUGUUCCAAUAAAUGUCGGUUGCUUAGGUGCUUGCACUUAUUGCAAGACAAAGCAUGCACGAGGCCAUUUAGGGAGCUACACUGUUGACAGCCUUGUAAGUCGUGUGAGAAGUGUAAUUGCUGAUGGAGUUAAGGAGAUAUGGUUGAGCAGUGAAGAUACCGGAGCAUAUGGUCGGGACAUUGGGGUUAACCUUCCAAUUUUAUUGAAUGCUCUUGUUGCGGCACUUCCUCCUGAUGGAAGCACAAUGCUUCGAAUUGGAAUGACCAAUCCUCCGUUUAUUCUUGAGCACUUGAAAGAAAUAGCUGAAGUUUUGCGUCACCCAUGUGUAUACACCUUUCUUCAUGUACCGGUCCAAUCUGGGAGUGAUACUGUUUUGAUAGCAAUGAAUCGGGAAUACACUGUUAGUGACUUUAGGACGGUGGUAGAUACCUUGACCGCACUUGUGCCAGGGAUGCAGAUUGCAACUGAUAUAAUUUGUGGAUUCCCUGGUGAAACGGAUGAAGACUUUGCGCAAACUGUUAGCCUUAUUAAGGAGUACAAGUUUUCCCAAGUUCACAUUUCACAGUUCUAUCCUAGGCCUGGGACACCGGCAGCAAGGAUGAAAAAGGUGCCAAGUAAUAUGGUGAAGAAACGAAGUCGUGAAUUGACAUCUCUUUUUGAAGCUUUCACACCAUAUAAUGGAAUGGAAGGUACAUUGGAAAGAAUAUGGAUUACUGACUUUGCAGCUGAUGGAAUACACCUGGUUGGCCAUACAAAGGGAUAUGUGCAGGUCCUUGUAAUUGCUGCAGUAAGUAUGCUGGGUGCUUCAGCUAUUGUGAAGAUAACAUCUGUAGGAAGGUGGUCAGUUUUCGGAGAAGUGAUUGAGACUCUCAACCAAGUAGACCACAAAGCAGCUUCUAAUGAGAGAAAAUCUGGUCAGGACAGAUGUUCUCCAUGCUCCAACCAAGAUGAUUCAUGUGCAAGCUCAAAUGAUCCUCAUUGUGGUACUUGUGGACCAGAAAGCUGUGGAGGAGAAAUAGCUCUGGAAGCAAGCAAAGUUUCCAGGAUUGACAAAAUGGCGGAAGAUCAUAGCAGUAGAAAUCUGAUGGGGUGGUUACUAAAGAAGCGCAUAAACCAUGUGCACAAGGUAGAAAAUGAUAUUGCAUCAGAAUCUAUGAAAAAGCAACGCAUUAAAGGAAGAAUUGGUGAUUAUGGUAUCACUGGCAGGGCUGUCUUUGGAGGAGUGCUUUUCAGCUUCGUGACGAUUGUAGCAAUUUUAUUACGUCUUGGAUUUAGGACAUCUCCAUCCCAAUGAUGUUUUUAUUGUAUAGCGUUUGGCCUUUUUCUUUUUUUAUUGAGAUAUUCUACUGAAGUUUGCUAUGCACUGAGAAUGUACCAAAUUUGUUUAUCAAACAGUUUUGACAGAUUUAAUUAUUACAACACUUGCAAAAUUUCAUAAUGUACUCAUUUUUCUCCUAUCA